AUGCAGGCUUACCGAGGUUUCGAUCGCAACUUCAAAAAGAAUCUCAAAGCCCUCUAUAUCGUCCAUCCAACCCCGCUGGUUCUAUUCAUCAUCAAGUUCUUUAGGCCAAUCAUAAGUCGAAAAUUCGGUCAGAAGAUCAACUUUAUCAACGAACUGAAUGAGCUGUCGGCGGAUAUGCAUUUGGAUCAAAUUCCCAUUCCUCAGCAAGUUAGACUGUAA